CGGAAAUGCUGACGAUUAUCGAUGGGCCCGACUAUAAAGCAGGAGGUCCCAGAGGGCUUGGUCGACAAUCUCUUGAAACUUUACCAGACUUGACCCCACACUCGACUCCAGAUGCCAGCUAGCAUUUCUGUCAAAUUGAACACCGGUGCUGAGAUGCCCACGGUUGGCCUUGGAACGUGGAAGAGCCAGCCUGGACAGGUCGAGCACGCCGUUGAGUUCGCCCUCCGCAAUGGAUAUAAAUCCAUCGACACUGCUGCGGCCUACAAGAACGAGACUGAGGUCGGCAAGGGUAUUGCCGCGUCGGGUGUCCCCCGUAGCUCGUUCUUCCUGACGACCAAGUUGGACAACCCUGACCAGGCGGAAGCACCGGAAGCUCUCGAGUCCUCGCUCAAGAAUCUGGGCACAGACUACCUCGAUCUCUGGCUGAUGCACUGGCCGGCUCCCAUGACAAAGGGCACCCCUGCUUUGGCUGACAAGAGCAAGGACUGGCUCGAUGCAUGGAAGUCCAUGGAGAAAUUGUACAAGGCGCACCCCGACAAGCUCAAGGCGAUCGGCGUCUCCAACUUUUCCGUCAAGUUUAUGGAGCGUCUGCUCGAGGUUGCGGAGGUCAUUCCUGCCGUGAACCAGAUUGAGCUGCACCCGUCGUGCCCUCAACAAGACAUUGUCGACUUCUGCCUCUCCAAAGGCAUCGCAGUGACAGCGUACUCCCCCCUUGGCUCCGACAACUCUCCUCUUCUCACGAACGAGG